UUAGCAACACGAUAUUUUCUACCCUUUUUUACAAAAAGAGAAAUAAAUUUGUUUGGACCGUGGGUUGACCAUAUCCUACGUUCCCAUUCCCAUUUGCACCGUAAGUGUCCAAAUCUAUUCUUCAUCUUCAUCUAGGCUGCCUUCAACAUUUUGAUUUCAAAGCCAAGCCAUAAAAUAAAACUGAAGCAAGAGGCUUAUCGGUUCCCACAUCAGGGUUGGGGUCAGUGGGCUUUAUUCCUCAUUGCUUUAGAACAAAACAAGUUCUUCAUUGAAUGCUUUUAUUUGCAUGGUGGCCAUACCGACUGUGAUGGAAUCAGCUGUUUUAAACAUAGUUAAUGCCACUUUAAAUUGGGUCACUUUGGCUUUGGAUGCCCCUUCUGCUCGGGCUGUAGUGUUUGGGGUCCACAUUGGCGGACAUUUAUUUGUGGAGCUUCUUCUUUUGGUGGUCAUUCUUUUUCUGCUUUCCCAAAAGAGUUACAAGCCUCCUAAGCGACCUUUAACUAAGAAGGAAAUAGAUGAGCUAUGUGAUGAAUGGGUCCCAGAAUCUCUUAUUCCUCCUAUCACGGAAGAGAUGCAGAAUGAACCCCCAGUUUUAGAAAGUGCUGCAGGGCCCCAUACAAUAAUCAAUGGCAAAGAAGUUGUCAACUUUGCUUCUGCAAAUUAUCUUGGAUUUAUAGGGCACAAGAAGUUACUUGAAUCAUGUACCUCUGCAUUGGAGAAAUAUGGUGUUGGUUCUUGUGGUCCUCGCGGAUUCUAUGGAACAAUUGAUGUCCACCUUGAUUGCGAAGCCAGAAUAGCAAAGUUUUUGGGAACACCUGAUUCCAUACUCUAUUCUUAUGGACUUUCCACCAUGUUCAGUGCAAUCCCAUGCUUUUGUAAAAAGGGCGACAUAAUUGUCGUGGAUGAGGGAGUUCACUGGGGAAUACAAAAUGGCCUCUACCUUUCUAGAAGCACUAUUGUUUAUUUCAAGCACAAUAAUAUGGAAUCUCUAGAGAAAACUCUUGAGAAAAUUACAGCAGAGAAUCAGCGGGCAAAGAAAUUGCGCCGCUACAUUGUGGUUGAAGCUGUGUAUCAGAAUUCUGGUCAAAUAGCUCCUUUGGACAAGAUCAUCAGGUUGAAAGAGAAGUAUCGCUUCCGUGUUUUAUUGGAUGAGAGUAACUCAUUUGGUGUACUUGGUCAUUCAGGACGUGGUCUCACUGAAUCCUGCAGGGUUCCGAUAGAGAAGAUAGACAUUGUUACUGCUGCUAUGGGGCAUGCAUUGGCGACAGAAGGAGGAUUCUGCACUGGAAGUGCUAGGGUCAUUGAUCAUCAACGGUUGAGCAGUUCUGGUUACGUCUUUUCUGCAUCUUUACCCCCAUAUUUAGCUAGUGCUGCUAUUACUGCUAUUGAUGUCCUAGAGCAAAAUCCUGACCUGACAUCAAAGCUAAAGGAAAACAUUGCCAUUUUAUGGAAAGGACUCUCAGGUAUGCAGGGGCUGUCGAUAGCAAGCAAUCCGGAGUCACCCAUCAUUUUCCUUCGACUUGAAAAAUCAACAGGUUCACUGAAAAGUGACCUCCAGCUCCUUGAGGACAUUGCUGAUCGUGCCUUGAGAGAAGAGUCCGUAUUUGUAGCAGUUUCAAAAAGAUCAACUCUUGAUAAGUGCCCUCUGCCUGUGGGAAUUAGACUGUUUGUGUCUGCUGCCCACUCAGAAUCUGAUCUGCUCAAGGCAUGUGCAUCGUUGAAGACAGUUGCAGCUGCUGUGCUGAGGGAUCACAUUCAUUCAUGAUUGCUUCAUCCUCAAUGCUCAUGUAUAAAUCAUUUUUGAAGAUUUAGUUUUUAAGUGCCUUGAAAGAUUUCUCAUGGAAUUGUUCGUUUUUUCUUAAAAGUUUUUGUUUCAUAAGAAACUUAAAAUUAUUUUCAUAUGUAACUACAAUUUAAAAAUUAUUUAGAAUUAAGUUUGCCCUCAUUUCAAGCUACUUAAAUCUGGUUAUAGCGUUAAUGACAAAAUUAUUUCUGUAUUUUUUUUGGGAAAAUAUGAAUUUGUUUUAUCAUAUCAUUUACCAAACAUAAUAAUUUCCUUACUUCGAAAAAUAAAG